AUGACAUCGGAGGAAGUAAAGUUAAAGAAAAAUAUACAAUCUGCUAAAUCAUCAAAGUUACAAGAAGUUUCUUUAGAUUUUAAGAGGAAACAAAGAUCAUAUUUAAAUAAAUUACAAAAGAAUACUUCAAGUAGUAUUGGUUGGACAGAGGAUUCAGAUAGUGAUACAGAGCCAGCAGGCGUUGGAUUCACAAUAGUACAGACACAUGUUGUCACCGAGAUGGAAGAAGAAGUAGCGAAGAGAGAUCGUGAGAUCAAACAAAUUGUUAAAUCCAUUGAGGAUUUGUCAUCUAUUGUACAUGACAUUUCAACGCUGGUCAUUAAACAGGGAACUCUUAUGGAUCAGAUUGAAUAUAAUUUGGAUCAAACCGAGGAUGCACUCACCGGUGCUGUUGUAGAACUCAAAGAAACCAACGAACUUCAGAAAGGUUAUAGAAAUAGAUUGUGCAUCCUGCUGGUUUUAGUUGUAUUAGUAAUAACAAUGGUAUUUGUUGCAAUCAUCAAAGCCUUUAUUUAA